CUAGAAACUAGACAGAACACGAAGUUUGAACUUCGAAUCGAAGGAGCUUUUUCUCGCGAAAGCAGCCGAUGGUAGGCCAGGAAAAAAAGUUGAGCAAAACCGUUUGGGCAGCACACCGGAAUCCAUCUUGUACCAGUGCGGGCAUCCUCAUCUUAUCUCCUACAGGGCCCUUCUGGACGUCCAAUCGAAGAAGCUGUCGUCAUGUUUCAUCGAAGCUCCGUUUGCUUCUGCUGUGCCUGAUGUAAGGUUAGUUCAUCAUGACAGGUAUCGGUUUGGUCAGAACAAAUGACUAAAGAGUCACUUGAGCUGAUCGCUUUUCGUGUAUAAUUCUGUGGGCGCUGCCUUUAUCUCUGUGGAAUUUUAUCUGAGCUUUGCAGACUAAUAUUUGCUUCUUUUUUUCAUUUGACUGGGAACUCCAACGGUCAGUACGACACUGAUGAUCUCAUCUCUUCAAUUUAAAAACACCAGUACUAUUUUAAGUGUUUUUAUGUGUUUGCAGUGUUUAUUCAUGCAUGGUGAAAUCCUGGGUUAUUGUUUCGGAAUUAAAACAUUUCCGAAAUGUUUUUUUUUGCGAAUGGCCUGAUGAGUAUUGGUCUUCUUUAGGAUUUCCUCAAAUAAUUUGUCGGCAUUCAAGUAUAACUAUUCUGACACUUGACUGCAAAAAUGCAAACCCUCAAGAUAAACAUGUCAAUUUGACCGGAAGAAACUUGUAAACACUUCCAAGCCGUCGAACCAUCUUAAAACCCUGGAAACCUCGGAGUCCCAGACACAAGUGCACAACACCAUCACUCGAGACCCAGCCCAACGCCGUCGCGCCAUGGGCACGCUCGUUGGCCACGUCGCGCCGGGCCUGGGCUUCCUCGUCGUCGGCCUGUGGCACCUCUACAACCACAUCAGACUCUUCCUGCUUCGUCCCCGCUCCUACGUCGCGCCCGUCUGGUUCCCCGUGCGCGGCGCGCGCCACCUGGAGCUCAUCCUCGUCAUCGCCGGCGCCGCCGCGUCCAUCCUCAUGGAGCUCGUCAUCGGCCCGGCGAGGCACCAGCCGUUCGACGCCGACGGCGCCGUGCCCGCCGAACACCUCCACAACUUCGAGCACGCGUCCAUCUCGCUCGCCCUGCUCGUGUACGCCGCGGCCGCCAUCCACCUGGACCGCGCCCGCGCUCCGGGUCGGGACGCGGUGUCCCAGCUCGCCGCCGCGGCGGCAUUCGCGCAGGAGCUGAUGCUGUUCCACCUCCACUCGGCGGACCACGCGGGCGUGGAGGGCCAGUACCACCUGCUCCUGCAGGGCGUCGCCGCCGUCACGCUGGCCGCGACGGCGCUCGGCGUCGCGGCGCCGCGGAGCUUCGCGGUGAGCCUGGUGCGGUCGGCGAGCCUGGUCCUCCAGGGCGCCUGGUUCGUGGCCAUGGGCGUCGCGCUGUGGACGCCCGCGCUCCUGCCGAGAGGGUGCUUCCUGAGCCACGAGGACGGGCACGACGUCGCGCGGUGCCGCGAGGAGGGUGGCGCGCUGGCCCGCGCCAAGGCGCUCGUCAACCUGCAGUUCAGCUGGUACCUGUCCGCCACCGUGGUGCUCGUGGUCGUGCUCUACCUUCGGAUGUGCAGCCUCUACAAGGAGGAGCCGCAGUAUGUGCUGAUGAUCGAUGGAAAUGGCCAUGGAGACGACGAUGGUGACGACGACGACAACGACGUGGAGGCGGCGAAAGGCGGCGGCGGGCGCGCGUUCGGUGAAUCAAGGCCGAUGAAGGUAUCACGGCCGUAAGCUAGGAGAAAAAGGAUUUUCAGCUUGUACAUGUUUGUACUUGGUUGUCACUUAUUGUGGGUGCUACCAGUUAUGCUUGUAGCACGUUGUGAUUGGAGAGUUUGUAUUUAUAAAGAGGAGUAAUAGCUACUGCUAUGUUAUUGAAUUAA